AUGAGUGGCUCCUUCGAUCGCAAGCUCAGCAGCAUCCUCACCGACAUCUCCAGCUCGCUCAGCUGCCAUGCGGGUUCCAAGGACUCGCCCACCUUGCCCGAGUCUUCCGUCACUGACCUGGGCUACUACAGCGCUCCCCAGCACGACUAUUACUCGGGCCAGCCCUAUGGCCAGACCGUAAACCCCUACACCUACCACCACCAGUUCAAUCUCAACGGGCUUGGAGGCACGGGCGCUUAUUCGCCCAAGUCGGAAUAUACCUACGGAACCUCCUACCGGCAAUAUGGAGCCUACCGGGAGCAGCCGCUGCCCGCUCAGGACCCAGUGUCCGUGAAGGAGGAGCCGGAAGCUGAGGUGCGCAUGGUGAACGGAAAGCCCAAGAAGGUCCGAAAGCCUCGCACGAUCUACUCCAGUUACCAGCUGGCCGCCCUGCAGCGCCGCUUCCAGAAGGCCCAGUACCUGGCGCUGCCCGAGCGCGCGGAGCUGGCCGCGCAGCUGGGCCUCACGCAGACGCAGGUGAAAAUCUGGUUCCAGAACCGCCGUUCCAAAUUCAAGAAGCUCUAUAAGAAUGGGGAGGUUCCCCUGGAGCACAGCCCCAACAACAGCGAUUCCAUGGCCUGCAACUCACCACCAUCACCCGCCCUCUGGGACACCUCUUCCCACUCUACUCCAGCCCCUGCCCGCAGCCAGCUGCCCCCACCACUCCCGUACAGUGCUUCCCCCAGCUACCUGGACGACCCCACCAACUCCUGGUAUCAUGCACAGAACCUGAGUGGACCCCACUUACAGCAGCAGCCGCCUCAACCAGCCACCCUGCACCAUUCCUCCCCAGGGCCCCCGCCCAACCCUGGGGCUGUGUACUGA